AUCAUGGCUGAAGUCAGAGAAGAUGGUCCGCCAAAGAAAAGUAGGGAGGACUACAGAAAACAAAAAGAAUUAGAUGAAGCAAGAAAAUCAGGUCUUGAACCUGCCGAACAAGAUGAAUUUGGAGUUGACAUCAACCCCCACAUACCACAAUAUAUCAAGGACUCUCCAUGGUACCUGGAGAUGGAUGGGCCAACUCUUACCCAUCAAAGGACACAGCCAGAAACAGUAAAAACAUUUGACGAUGUUUCUAGACUCUAUCAAAAAGGACUCACUAAUAAAGUGGCGACUAAGUUUCGCAAAGGUGCGUGUACAAAUUGUGGAGCAAUUACUCAUAAGAAGAUCGACUGUUUGGAGAAGCCUAGAAAAGUUGGUGCUAGGUGGUCGGGUAAAGAUUAUGCUCCUGAUGAACUUAUUCCUGUGUUGCCCAACUUGGAUUUUGAAGGAAAGCGAGAUAGAUGGAUUGGAUAUGAUACGACUACUCACGACGAGCUACUAGAUGAUUUUUCUAAAGUAGAGAAAGUGAAACAACAGCUGAAAGCUGAAUCUUUAAACAACAAUGAAAGGAUAAGGCAGCAGACCGAGUCAAAGAGUGACAGUGACCCAGAAGAUGAGGAAGAUGUUGACGAAUACAAAUACACAGAACAAGCCAACAUGCCGGGUACUAAGUUUGAUAAUAAGAAGCGUCAAACAGUCAGAAACUUGAGGAUCAGAGAGGAUACUGCAAAGUACCUGAUAAACCUCGAUGCGAACUCCGCGCAUUACGAUCCCAAGUCACGCUCGAUGAGAGACAACCCCCUCAAAGAUCUAGCACACAAGAAACCCUCUGAGUUAUCAUUUGCUGGGGAGAACUUUGUACGAUCAACAGGACAAGUAAAAGAGAUCGCCAAACUACAGCUGUUUGCCUGGGACGCUGGAGAGCGUGGAUCUAACGUACACUUGCAGGCUGAACCCACCAAAGCGGCUCUUCUCCACAAAGAAUACUCGAAACGUAAGGACGAGUUUAAAAGUGAGGUCAGCAACUCAAUAGUAGAUAAGUAUGGAGGUGAGGAGCAUCUGAAGGCGCCACCGCGGGAGUUACUACUCGCUACCACUGAGGAGUACGUGGAGUAUUCCAGAACCGGCAAAAUUAUCAAGGGUCAGGAGAGAGUGGUACCAAAAUCCAAAUACCAGGAGGACGUGUACGUUAACGGCCACACAUCAGUGUACGGCUCCUUCUUCCAGAGCGGCAAAUGGGGCUACAAGUGCUGCCGUGCUGUUCAGAAACAAGCGUACUGUGUGGGGGCUGCCAGCAGAUCUGGGGCUGAUACUCCUCAGCUUGCUCCUGCUGAACCUAAGCCUACCAGCAAUGUUGAUAGGACCCGGUCCUUGAUAGAGAUGCACCAGGAGAAGAUGGUGGAUGUCAGGAAACAGAAGAAGCAGAAGACCCUGGAGGAUAGAGAGAAUCCCCAAGCCAGAGAGGAGAGACUCAAGAAGGUACUUGAACAGCUAGACAGUAAGGAGGCGGCAGAACUUGCUGAGGGACUAGACGAACGGAAACGGAAAUACAACUCCAUGGCGGUGGAUAAAGGACCUACGGAGGAGGAGAUGGAGGCCUGGAAGUUAAGGAAGCACAUGGCCAGCGACCCCAUGUCCAAAUUUACUGAUGACAAAACCUGAGAUGUUUGAGAAGGACGUUGUUUAUUUGAGAGGCAAAGGCAUAGUUUGGCGUAAUCAGACAUUGUAUAGUCCAGUAACCACCAAUAUGUCAAACUAAUUGCCACACAUUAGCCAGCUUGUUUUCAAGGUCUGGUGCAUGCUCGACAUUAGAUGUCGGUGUUUUAGAGAAAAUCUGAGCCGUAAAGACUGAACUUAAUGCCCGAUGACAGAUUUAUAAUACAUUUUGUCUGCUUCAAACGAUUUCUAUCUUGAUUCUUGACUCUGUUUUUAGAACGGCUAUUUUUAAUUCUUGACGAAAAUAA